AUGUGGUCCCCGCUGAACGGGAGAACUUCACUGAGCGAGGCGGAGCUGUGCAGCGCGUGCGGGGAGCUCAUCGCCGACCGGUUCUUGCUGCGUGUGAGCGACAGCUCGUGGCACGCGCGCUGCUUGCGGUGCUGCGUGUGUGGGACACCCUUGGACCGGCAGCCGUCGUGCUUCGUGCGACACGGAAGCGUCUACUGCCGCCACGACUACGUCCGCCAGUUCGCUGCCAAAUGCGCCAAGUGUAGCCGGGCCAUCGGUGCCUCGGACUGGGUCCGCCGCGCCCGGGAGCAGGUCUACCACUUGGCCUGCUUUGCCUGUGACGCCUGCAAGCGGCAGCUUUCCACUGGCGAAGAGUUCGCACUGCAUGACGGACGGGUGCUGUGCAAGAGCCACUACUUCGAGCUGCUCGACGGGGCUUCCGGAUCCAACGACGAGAACAGUGAACAGGAGUGCGGCUCAGGAAGCUCUGGUGGCGGCUCAGGUGGUGGAGGCGGCUCCAAAGCCAAGACGAAGCGAGUGCGUACAACCUUUACCGAGGAGCAGCUGCAAGUGCUGCAGGCCAACUUCAACCUGGACUCGAACCCGGACGGACAGGACCUGGAGCGCAUUGCGCAGAUCACGGGGCUCAGCAAGCGCGUCACCCAGGUGUGGUUCCAGAACUCGCGCGCCCGUCAAAAGAAGUACUUCAACAACCAGGCCAAGAAAGUGAACACUGUGAGUGGAGGUGCGGUGUCCGCCGGUCCGGCCUGCUCCGGUUGUGGCAUGCUGUACUGCCUGUGCGCGCACCAGGGCCUGCCCAUGGGACAGGUGACGUGACCAAGUGCUCUACCGGGGCCCGGCCGAGAGUGCUCUAACCCGGCCACUUCACUCAGCCGGGACCCGGAAUCGUGCGGCAACUGCGCUGGUGCCGCCUGUGGCCUCCGAUGAACGUGCUGUGCAUGGACAACGCAAUGGCAGAACUCAGAUGCACGAAAUGUGUGAGCGGCUCGAGCCGUGUGCCAGGACGUACGAGCAUCUGGGCGGAACUUGCUCAUUCGAUGUCGAAAUGCGGUGGCGUGACCUUUUUACUCGGACACUACAGACCGAGCGACGUAACAGACACUCCUGCGAUGGCUAUAACUGCCGAAAAGGUGGCUCCUAACGUUUUCACGUCGAGUGUAUUGAAUUCAGACGUUCCAUAUGCCUUCUGGGCAAGAACAAGCUAGAAAUGCUGUAAUUCUUCGUGCAUUCGCCAUGAUGACCUAAUCUGAAGGCGGCGCCUAUUGUCACAGAGUGCAAGAGCCGAGUGCCGGCCUAGUCGCGCGUGUUGUAGUUCAGUCGAUAUCAUGUCACACAGACAGCGAUGGAAGCUGCAGCUCGGCGCUUCAUCCUCUCCACUAAUGGUUCCGCGCCGUGAAUGAAACUGCUUACCUCCUGCGGUCAGGGUAACCUGAUUCUGUAGUCGUUGUUUUCGGUUACCAAGGAGCACCUAAACUCGAGGCGCUGAGAACGCUAGCGCGCUGUCCGCGCAGUGACGAGAUCCAAUUAAUGGUAUUAAGGUUUACUUUUCAUGCGUGUUUAUUUUUCUUACGGGAGGGACGCCCAAGUUUACUUCAGAAACGUCUGUUUUCGAAGUGAACUCGCGCAAGCACACAAGCGAGCACUCCUUAAUUCAUGAGCAGGCGCUGACAUCCAAGUAUUUAAGGGAGGUCGCCCACAGUGGCUCUUGUUUGAACGUUCGGUGCACCUCAGAGAAGCGCGGACGUCAAAACGUCUACAAGAGAAAAAGAAUUGUGAAAUGCGAAACUAGAUCGCAUAUUCUUCGCCCUUUGUUUCUUUACCUUUUAGCGUGCCUAGC